AUGCCCGGACAUAUGCAAGAAGGUUUCGGCUGCGCCAUAGCAAACCGAUUCGACCAACUAUUUGACGACGAGUCGGACCCGUUCGAGCUGUUGAAGGAGGCCGAGAACAAGAAGAAGGAGGCUCCUGUCCCUGGUGCCGCCAAGACCGCAGCUCAAGCCGCCAAGCUCCAGAAAAAGGAGUCCCAGAAAGACAGAAAGAUGGUCCCUGCCGAUAAGAAAGAUGAGCCUCUGGCACCCGUGCCUCUGAAGAAAGAUGGUAAGACUGUUUCCUGUAAUAAAUGUCGGAUUGGUCUGCAAAGUCGCAGUUCUCGCUGGAUAGUUCAGCAUUAACGUUAGCUAGCUAACUAUGGUUUCAAAGCCUCCAUGAGGUCGACAUGAUUCCUUUUGUGCGUCAGUUCAGUUGGCAGCUAAAGUUGAGAAGCUUGUUAUCGCAUUCAUUGCAACAAAAAAAUUGUCACGAUAGUGUGCGUGGUACAGUAUUGUGUCCCCUGAUAAAUAACUUGCAGGCGAACUUGUUUUGCUGCCAAUAAAACGCAUCUUACUCGGUGCCUUGUUUAGCCAGGAUUGUUAGCCUCAAGUUAAUUAGAUAGCUAACGUUAACUUACCAAAGUAAUUUGCUUGUUAGUUUUCUAAAUACCUUUUGAUCAGUGUUGGAUGGGUAGUUACAUACUUGCUAAAUGCACGAUUGGCGAAUUGUCAGUUUCGUGCAACUGAAAUUGUUCACCCAACUAGCGAACCGUGUAUUUACACCUGGUUGUAAGCCAACUUCCACAAGCGAAGCGAUCGUACUAGAAUCUCUUGGUUAUAUUUUUGAGGGUUGUUUUCUAACCAAGUAACUGGACAAAUUAACGUAGAUAGCGAGUCUUUCGCUACCCGCAUUAUUAUCCCGCGUCGUGACCAACCUCGUGGCUUGGGGUGUACAACAGCACCAACAUGUUGUCUAGGCAGGGAAUGAUGUCAUCUUGCGUUGCGUAUCGCGGUUGUUAAUGUGAAUAUGGGCGUUUGUUGUUUUUGUCAGAUAACAGCUUCACGAGUAUGCUCGCUUCCAACUACUCAGUGAACAAACAACGUUAGAUAAGACUAUCAAUUGGCCAAAUAAUUUGUCACGUACUUUUACAACGUUCUCGUAUUAGUGAGUAAUCUAACGUUACUGGCUAACUUUAGACGGAUCUACACAAUCUAAAAGUAAAAUAGGAGGCCCCUGUAUUGUUAGCACGUUACAUCCUACUUACACCAGUCAAAAACAAAGCAAAAAAUGUAAACCCAAGAGAAGAAGAGACAGGUGCAUCAACGUGCAUUCAGCUGCUGGGGUGUAGGGGUGGGAGUCUAUUUUGGUCAACAGUGGGAGGGACUUGUCAGACCAGACUUAGGGCAUGUUUCCAUCUGCUAGUACUGGCAUGGUGCAUAAUACGAAGUUCAAUGUCAGUUCAUCUGUUUAUAAGGACAUUUACAUUUAAUUGUAUUCCUCCAUGUUUCAUGAUUAAGCCCUUACAUUCUAGUCCAGUACAUCAGUCCUGCUCUCUUUUGGAGACUGGUCUUGAGAAAAGCUCUAGCUUUAAUGACAGUAGUCUCCAUUUCACUCCCCUGUUUUGAGUUAUCUUUGCUAGAAAAACUCUAGAGAAAAGUACUCUUGUACUCCUUUUGUUUUUCAAAGAACCUUAACUGUAAAUUGUCUCUCAUAAGAGGAUUAAUAAUUCCUAUGCUCUGUCCUGCUCCAGGACCUGGUCCCAGGAGGAUGGGUCGCAGACCUGAGGGUCAGGGCCCAGCUAGUGGACCGCCCCGUGAGUUCCAGGGUGAGGGCCGCCCCCCUACAGACAGACCCCCCCGGACUGACAGACGGCCACCACGCCGUUUCGAGAGGCCCCCCGGCGGAGAGGAGAAGCCUGGUGAGGGAGGAGAGUUCUCUGUGGAGAAGUGAGUACUGGGUGGCGCAGGGGUACAUUCAGUUGGCACCAAAUGGGAGAUUUUUUAUUUUUAAACAGGUACUAACCCAAACAAUAACAAGACUCAGAUCUGUGUGUGUGCAGGCCUUUGUUCCAUCCUAGCAGUAACCCAUCUGAUUUCACAAAUAAACUGAUAUUAGUCCUCAUUUACGACUUUGAUACAAAAGACUGAACCCACACCGGCACUCGAAUGUAGGACAGUACUGUUCUUUUAAAAUGGACACUAACCAGGCCUUUAUUGUGUAAACAAAAACAACCCCCUUCUCCAUUUGACAGGACUAUUUCCCCUCAGGCUGUCAGAGGUAACCCAACCACAUCUUAAUUAUGGGUUCCACUACUGUUUAGCAGCAGAGAAAGUCACGCCACCUUCACUGAUAGUUCCUCAGCUUUGCCUUGUCACUUAGCUUAACCUGUUACAGCACAGCAGGGUGUGUAGGAAAAGGGUGGUAAUAUACAGUGAGGGGGAAAAAGUAUUUGAUCCCCUGCUGAUUUUAUACGUUUGCCCACUGACAAAGAAAUGAUCAGUCUAUAAUUUUAAUGGUAGGUUUAUUUGAACAGUGAGAGACAGAAUAACAACAACAAAAUCCACAAAAAUGCAUGUCAAAAAUGUUAUAAAUUGAUUUUCAUUUUAAUGAGGGAAAUAAGUAUUUGACCCCCUCUCAAUCAGAAAGAUUUCUGGCUCCCAGGUGUCUUUUAUACAGGUAACGAGCUGAGAUUAGGAGCACACUCUUAAAGGGAGUGCUCCUAAUCUCAGCUUGUUACCUGUAUGAAAGACACCUGUCCACAGAAGCAAUCAAUCAAUCAGAUUCCAAACUCUCCACCAUGGCCAAGACCAAAGAGCUCUCCAAGGAUGUCAGGGACAAGAUUGUAGACAUACACAAGGCUGGAGUGGGCUACAAGACCAUCGCCAAGCAGCUUGGUGAGAAGGUGACAACAGUUGGUGCGAUUAUUCGCAAAUGGAAGAAACACAAAAUAACUGUCAAUCUCCCUCGGCCUGGGGCUCCAUGCAAGAUCUCACCUCGUGUAGUUGCAAUGAUCAUGAGAACGGUGAGGAAUCAGCCCAGAACUACACGGGAGGAUCUUGUCAAUGAUCUCAAGGCAGCUGGGACCAUAGUCACCAAGAAAACAAUUGGUAACACACUACGCCGUGGAGGACUGAAAUCCUGCAGCGCCCGCAAGGUCCCCCUGCUCAAGAAAGCACAUAUACAGGCCCAUCUGAAGUUUGCCAAUGAACAUCUGAAUGAUUCAGAGGAUAACUGGGUGAAAGUGUUGUGGUCAGAUGAGACCAAAAUGGAGCUCUUUGGCCUCAACUCGCUGUGUUUGGAGGAGGAGGAAUGCUGCCUAUGACCCCAAGAACACCAUCCCCACCGUCAAACGUGGAGGUGGAAACAUUAUGCUUUGCGGGUGUUUUUCUGCAAAGGGGACAGUACAACUUCUUCACCGCAUCAAAGGGACGAUGGACGGGGCCAUGUACCAUCAAAUCUUGGGUGAGAACCUCCUUCCCUCAGCCAGGGCAUUGAAAAUGGGUCGUGGAUGGGUAUUCCAGCAUGACAAUGACCCAAAACACACGGCCAAGGCAACAAAGGAGUGGCUCAAGAAGAAGCACAUUAAGGUCCUGGAGUGGCCUUGCCAGUCUCCAGACCUUAAUCCCAUAGAAAAUCUGUGGAGGGAGCUGAAGGUCCGAGUUGCCGAACAUCAGCCUCGAAACCUUAAUGACUUGGAGAAGAUCUGCAACGAGGAGUGGGACGAAAUCCCUCCUGAGAUAUGUGCAAACCUGGUGGCCAACUACAAGAAACGUCUGACCUCUGUGAUUGCCAACAAGGGUUUUGCCACCAAGUACUAAGUCAUGUUUUGCAGAGGGGUCAAAUACUUAUUUCCCUCAUUAAAAUGCAAAUCAAUUUAUAACAUUUUUGACAUGCGUCUUUCUGGAUUUUUCUGUUGUUAUUCUGUCUCUCACUGUUCAAAUAAACCUACCAUUAAAAUUAUAGACUGAUCUUGUCUUUGUCAGUGGGCAAACGUACAAAAUCAGCAGGGGAUCAAAUACUUUUUUCCCCUCACUGUAUAUAAACCCUGUUUAAAUGCGUUUCAAAUACGUCCUUUCUUCCUUUGUGGAAAGAGUUGCUGGUCUAUCAUGAAUAGCCAGGGGAUUUUUGGGGGGGCUCACAAUCCAACAAUGAUGACUCUAAAGAAGGACAAAUAUUUUUUAGGUAUUCAAACAGUGCCUAAGGCAGGGCUCUACAGUGUGACCAUUUUACUCACAAAUGUGCCUAAAUAUUUUGCUAUGUGCCCUGGAAUUUUAUUUGAGGCAUUGCGCCUAGAAAAAUGAAGGAUUCUAGAUUUUAUUACCUCUAAUGUUUUUCAUUGUGCUCCUACAUUUUAUUUGUGUGCCUACAUUUUUCAAUUUAGGCGCACACGUGCUCCUUGUAAAAAAGGUCAGCGUAGAGCCCUGCCUAAGGAAAGAUAAGUAAUGUAUGGUAUAAUACUGUUUCAGUGUAGUUCACAGUAUUGGUGAUAGAUCACACAUUGUGUUUUGGGUCCUCAUUGUAGCAUUUAAUGUCUGAAACACCUAUUAGUUAUGCACUGGGGUCUGUUCGUGAGGAUGUAACAUUAGAGAUCGUUCAGAUAACGUGUUGACUCUAUUUGUUACAUUUCUAUCUGCAACGUUCUGAAUGUUUUAACCUCAAUGAAUACACAUCAACUGUUCCCUCCUGUGAGGCAGGCUGCUGAUUGGUCUGUUUCCUUGUCGGUCUCCCCAGGCCCAUUGGUGAUAGGCCGAUGAGAGGACGUGGUGGCAGCAGGGGCCGGGGCUUGGGCGGCAGGGGCCGGGGCAUGGGCAGGAGCGACGGCUUCGACGUCAGAGGAAAGCGUGAAUUCGACAGACACAGCGGCAGCGAUCGAUCGUAAGUCUUCUGUGUCAUGUUGUGAAUGAUGUAGCUAGCUAACUCAGGGAUGGAUAAAUGAAAUCUCAUUAUUAGGCCGUUUUCCUGCUCGAAUGGAGAAUCUCUGUUCUAAAGUGCUUUUUAGUCCAGGGUUGGAAAACACUGGGCCAAUUGCAGCCACUGGUGGCCACUAUAUCACCAGCUGAUCUCUCCUUAAACCAUAAAUACGAGCUAAAGUCACCCGCAUAGCUGUUCUCAAUUGCAACCAUCAUCCGCCACCGAUUUACCUCUACAUAACGCGGAUGUCGUGGUUAUCUUUUAGUCGUGAUUGCAACCAACAUUUUCCAAGACUAUUUCGACCCUCUGGUGGGUAUUAUAAUAAUAAUAAUAUGCCAUUUAGCAGACGCUUUUAUCCAAAGCGACUUACAGUCAUGCGUGCAUACAUUUUUUGUGUGUGUAUGGGUGGUCCCGGGGAUUGAACCCACUACCUUGGCGUUACAAGCGCCGUGCUCUACCAGCUGAGCUACAGAGGACCAUUAUCAUUGGAAAAUGUUUAAUCUUGCUAGUUGACCAGACUAAGGGCGAUUUAUCUAUUUUACAAUCAUUCCGUACAACUGAAAUAAAGUAUUUCCUUGUUUACCACGGCAAAUCUACUGUGGCAAUUUACCCGACACGUUGUAUGAAUGGAAAAGUAAUGUUGAUGGUGUAGCCUACUGUUAUUUUAUUAAUUUCCAAUUUAUGUAAUCCAUUAAAUACAACUAUCUUUAAACUAAAAUUGUCUGAUAUGGGCAUUUCUUAUCAAGAUUGGGGGGGGGGGGGGAGAGAAUAUCCCUGGAUAGUACAAGAUUUGAAAUGUGUAACUAAUGAAAGUAAAUCUUAAUAUAUUAAUUUGCCAUUUAAGGUGAAGUAUUUUAAUGAAAUAUAGGCCUCACGGUAUUUUUACAUUCAUCAGCCUUGGUUUCCAAUGCUCCUGAUAGGUCAUUUUCAUUGGGGGCUGGGAGUAGAGAAUCUAGACCAGCUGUCUGGUAUCAUAAUCACUUGACAUGAUAACAACGCGCGAUCAACUGAUCUGCUGUUUUAUCCUUGUGGGUUUGUUUUCAUUGCAAUCAAGCGUAGUUUAGCCCGCAGGUGCAUGUAAUCUCCCGUUAGUAGCGUUUUAAGAAAUCUAGCGGUAACCUGCAGGAGCACGUUAGGUUCUGCCUGUUGGUUGCGAUCGAGCCACGGUUUCCCGAUCACAGAUUAAGACUAAUCCUGGACUAAAAAUACAUUUCAAUGGAGAUUCUCCCUUGAGCUUGCUUUGUAGUCCAUGGCUAGGCUUAAUCUGUGUCUGGGGAACUGGCCCUAGAAGUAUAAGAACGACUUAUUUAACGUUUUUCCAUCCAAGGUAGUCUCAUUGAGAGAAACUGUUUUUUUGCUGGAGAGUUUUGAAGUGAAGGUGUGAGCUAAAGCCCAGACGUUGUUUCAGCAGCCAGAAAGGUGAGGAGAAGCGUGGUGGAAGUGGAUCUCACAACUGGGGCACAGUCAAGGAUGAGAUGGGGUGAGUUGCACUGCCGACCUAGCACAACACACCCUCUCAAUAGACUUUCUAUAAAAGACAGUAAGGAGUUUUGAUUUACCUUGUUUAGUUAUGUGUAAACUAAAGUCAACAUGUUGAGUCAAGACGCCUAGUCUCUAUAUUGUCCUGGUAGCGUCACCUGUCAGCAUAUUGAAUGUAUGAGAAUGAGUGACGUGGAUGGGAAUGCCAUGCAGCCACACAGGGCUGUUCAGCAGGUGUUAAUGUACAGGUGGAGCUAAGCUAAUGUGGACACACACAGGUGAAGCUAAAUUAGUUUUUCCUCUCCACAGCGAGCUCGACCAAUCAAACGUGACCGAGGAGACCCCUGAGGGAGAGGAGCAUCCGCCCGCCGACUCUGAGAAUAAGUGAGUUGAGAGGGCUGAGCCUUCUACCACAUCUCCCUCUUCUCCCCGAUUGUUCUCUCCCCCUCAGGGAUUUAACAGCAUGGGCGGAAGGCUUUUCCUCCAUAUUUUUUAAUACUAUUUCCAGCCAGUUGUGUGUUCUGACAGUUCUGUUUUGUAAUCUGUGUGUUGUAGGGAGAACGAGGUUGGUGAACCUAAGGAAGUGGAACCCAAGGAGAUGACUCUGGAUGAAUGGAAGGCCCAGCAGGACAAGGAGAAAACCAAGGUGGAGUUCAACAUCCGAAAGGCCAACGAGGGAGCCGACAGCCAGUGGAAGAAAGGAUACGUGCUGCACAAGUCCAAGGACGUGAGUGGACUGUCAAAACCACAAAACUGACUUGGCCUCCGUUUGGUUUUCCAUAACCUCCUAACUCCAUUUUCUUCCCUCUUUCUCUCCAAUAAAGGAGAAGAAAGAUGAUACUCUGAUUGAAGCUGCAGUGGAGGCUGAGGGAGUCGCCCUUAAGGUGAGUAUCACAUCCAACAGACGCGCACACGCUCUCUGCCCGCACCCACAAACAUGUACAUCAAGAUGACUGAAUGUGGCUCAGACGUGUGUGCAGGAAACAAAUGUUCAGUCAUUGCCGACGCUCUCCUUCCCCCACUGACUUUCAGACAGAGGAUGAUCACCACUUCCGGAAGCCGGCCAAUGACAUCACAGCCCAGCUGGAGAUAAACUUUGGGGACCUGGGCCGCCCCAGCCGUGGUCGUGGUGGACCCCGUGGUGGCAGGGGGGGCCGUGGGCGUGGAGAGGGCAGAGGAGAGUUCCGAGGAGAGUUCCGCGAGCGUGAACCCAGAGAGCCCCGCGAGCGUGAUGGUGGAGCCCCCACCAGGCCGGUCCGCGGAGGCCGGACUGACAAGGUAAGGACUACUAAUACUACACUGAACAAAAACAUAAACGUAACAUGCAACAAUUUCAAGUAUUUUACUGAGUUACAGUUCAUAUAAGGAAAUCGAUGUAUUUCACGUGACUGGGAAAACAGAUAUACAUCUGUUGGUCACAGAUACCUUUAAAAAAAAUCUGGGGUGACCACCAUUUUCCUCAUGCGGCGCGACACCUCUCCUUCGCAUAGAGUUGAUCAGGCUGUUGAUUGUGGGAUGUUGUCCCACUCCUGUUCAAUGGCUGUGCGAAGUUGCUGGAUAUUGGCGGGAACUGGAACACACUGUUGUACACGUCGAUCAGAGCAUCCCAAACAUGCUCAAUGGGUGAUAUGUUUGAGUAUGCAGGCCAUGGAAGAACUGGGACAUUUUCAGCUUCAAUUCUGUACAGAUCCUUGCGAAAUGGGGCCGUGCAUUAUCAUGCUGAAACAUGAGGUGAUGGAGGCGGAUGAAUGGCACGACAAUGGGCCUCAGGAUCUCGUCAUGGUAUCUCUGUGCAUUCAAAUUGCCAUAGAUAAAAUGCAAUUGUGUUCGUUGUCCGUAGCUUAUGCCUGGCCAUAACCCCACCGCCACCAUGGGGCACUGUUCACAACGUUAACAUCAGCAAACCACUCACCCAUACAACGCCAUAUACACGGUCUGCAAUCUGCCCGGUACAGUUGAAACCGGGAUUCAUCCAUGAAGAGAACACUUCUCCAGCGUGCCAGUGCCCAUCGAAGGUGAGCAUUUGCCCACUGAAGUCAGUUAUGAUGCCGAACUGCAGUCAGGUCAAGACCCUGGUGGGGAUGACGAGCAAGCGGAUGAGCUUCCCUGAUAAGGUUUCUGACAGGUUGUGCAAACCCCCAGUUUCAUCAGCUGUCCGGGUGGCUGGUCUUGGACGAUCCUGCAGGUGAAGAAGCUGGAUGUGGAGGUCCUGGGCUGGCGUGGUUACACGUGGUCUGUGGUUGUGAGGCCGGUUGGAAGUACUGCCAAAUUCUCUAAAACGACAUUUCUCCUUUGCCAAGAUAAUCCAUCCACCUGACAGGUGUGGCAUAUCAAGAAGCUGAUUAAACAGCACUAUCAUUACACAUGUGCACCUUGUGCUGGGGACAAUAAAAGGCCACUCUAAAAUGUGCAGUUUUGUCACACAAUGCCACAGAUGUAUCAAGUUUUACAUUUACAUUUUAGUCAUUUAGCAGACGCUCUUAUCCAGAGCGACUUACAGUUAGUGAGUGUAUUUAUUAUUAUUUUAUUUUUUUCAUACUGGCCCCCCAUGGGAAUCGAAACCACAACCCUGGCGUUGCAAACGCCAUGCUAUACCAACUAAGCUACAUCCCUGCCGGCCAUUCCCUACCCUGGACGACGCUGGGCCAAUUGUGCGCCGCCCCAUGGGUCUCCCGGUCGCGGCUGGCUACGACAGAGCCUGGAUUCGAACCAGGAUCUCUAGUGGCACAGCUAGCACUGCAAUGCAGUGCCUUAGACCACUGCGCCACUCGGGAGACAAGUUUUGAGGGAGCGUGCAAUUGGCAUGCUGACUGCAGGAAUGUCCUCCAGAACUGUUGCCAGAUAAUUUAAUGUUAAUUUCUCUACCAUAAGCCAAUGUCGUUUUAGAGAAUUUGGCAGUACGUCCAACUGGCCUCACAACCACAAACCAUGUGUAUGGCGUCGUGUGGGCGAGCGAUAUGCUGAUGUGAACAGUGUGCCCCGUUAUGGUAUGGGCAGGCAUAAGCUAUGGACAACAAACAAUUGCAUUUUAUCGAUAGGCAAUUUGAAUACACACAAAUACCGCAACGUCAUUCUGAGGCCCAUUUUUUUUUUAAAGGUAUCUGUAACCAACAGAUGCAUAUCUGUAUUCCCAGUCAUGUGAAAUCCAUCGAUUAGUGCCUAAUUUAUUUAUUUAAAUUGACUGAUUUCCUUAUGAACUGUAACUCAGUAAAAUCUUUUAAAUUGUUGCAUGUUGCGUUUUAUAUUUUUGUUCAGUAUAUAUUUUUUCCGUAUAAUUACUAUUGGUCUGUUACGGCUGCUGUGGCAAAGAUUUAUGCAAGUUCAAGUUAAGGGAAUUUGGAUUGUUUAAGUACAACAGACAUUGUCAUAAUUUCACUGUAUACGUCUGAUCAAUCUCGUUCCUUUUUGUUUUCCCAACCCUCUAACCCUCCUCCCAGCCGAGCGGGGUGAUCGUGCCCAACGUGGACGACCCCGAGGCCUUCCCGGCCCUGGCCUAA